AAUAUAAGAUCAUGUAAACCUAUGCAUUAGUGAAGUGACAUUGCGACACAAAGCGGUUGGGCGUGGUCUCUCAUGAAUAUUACCCAGAGAGGCGUGGCUUGGCUUCACCUGGGACUGCUCUGAGGAGCGUGCAAGCAUGCAGCGCAGUACACAGUCAGAUCACUGAAGCAAAGGCAUCAUUAGCAGCACAACACGGAAUCCAGUGGAAACACAGGAUGACUGAUGCUUACUUGUUCUGAAACAGUCAGGAAGGAAGAGACUCACUCAUUUUUUCUUGCCAAUGCAGCGGGAAACCUUUGACAGAGCAAGGAUGAGUUAGCAGCCCAUGACUGCACUGCUGGAAGCGGGAGCUUGUUCUAGUGAAUCAGCAUCAAUUACACAACAACAUUAUCUUCAGCAAAGUACUGCUGGAGGAACCUGCCUGGAUCUCAGCAGAACCUCAGUACAUCCUGUUGAUCAUGCGGCAGACCAAACAGCUCGGCUUCAUGCUGAUUGUGCUUGGAUACCUAAUACCAGUCAUUUGGGGUUUUCCAUUUGGACCGGUUCUUGAUGUGGAUGUCACCCCCAGGACAACUGUACAUGUUAAAGGGCUGCUGGGUUGUAAUCAUUUCCGUGGAGCUGCAGUGAACUACAGUUCUCUGUUACUGGAGGAUGGACCAGGGUUGUUGUAUGUUGGGGCCAGAGAGGCCAUUUACAAACUGGACACCUCUAACAUCUCUGACACCAGUAUCUCUGUUUCUCUUGAAUGGGCAGCAUCUGCAGAACAGAAGAGGCAGUGCCUGAGCAAAGGAAAGAACAAUCAGACUGAAUGCUACAAUCAUGUGCGGUUCCUGGACAGAUACAAUGACUCUCACCUGUACACCUGCGGGACGCAUGCCUUCAGACCACGCUGUGCUUACAUAGAUGUGGCACGCUUUACCUUUGUGCGUUUUGAGGAGGGAAAGGAGAAAUGUCCUUAUGACCCUACAAAGGGCUACACUGGUUUCAUAACAGAUGGUGAGAUGUACUCUGCCUCCCAAUAUGAGUUUCGUAACAUCCCUGAUAUACGACGCAACUUUCCCUUCCCCAAUUUACGGACAGAAGAUUCCCCAACAAGUUGGCUGCUGGAGUCAAAUUUUGUCGGCUCAGCGUUACUCCGAGAGAGCAUCAACAGCUCAAUCGGGGAUGAUGAUAAACUCUACUUCUUCUUCACGGAGAGGAACAUAGAACCGACAGCUUACUCCAGCCAGACCAAUGUGGCCAGGGUGGCCCGUGUGUGUAAGGGGGACAUUGGAGGGCAGAGGUCUCUUCAGAGGAAGUGGACGUCCUUUCUCAAGGCCAGACUGGUGUGCGCCAUUCCUGAUUAUGAGCUUUAUUUCAACGUGCUCCGCAGCGUUUUUGUCGUCGAGGGAAGCAGCGUACACGACAGUGUCUUGUAUGGUGUUUUUUGA